CCUCCCCUCCCCCUGCGGCAGAGCCCAGCGCGCUCGGGGCCCAGCCGGGGCCUUGCUCGCCCCGGCAGCGUCGCAGCUAUGGCAACCCCCGCGGCCUAGCCCGGCCUACGGAAACGGAAGCCGGGCCCGGGGCCCUGCCACUCAGGGCAGCCGGGAGCGGCGGGGUGGGGCUGGUUUGAACCGUUGGCUGCUUAGCCUGGGUCCUAGGCUGGCAGCGGUCGCGUCCUCUCCGCGGCAGGGGGUGCCAGGCCCAGCAGUGCCUGGGAGAGGGUCGCUCCAUCCCCUUGGACUGGGGGGUACUGAGCAGGGGGCCCGCCAGCCUGAGACUCCCCCCAGACCAGCAUAGGGACCCCCUAGAACAGGCCUUGAUCUCCCCUCCUGCUGCAGCAGCUCCCCCGUUGGGUGCUGUGCAAGCGUUGGGAGCCCCCUGGCGAGACCCCCCCAGAGCGCGGCGGGGGCUGGGCCCAAGCCUCGACGUCGUGGACCGUGAGGUAAAUGGCGCCGCGUGGUCGUGGCCCAGCAGGCGGAUGGAGGGGAGCGAUGGAGGGAAAUUGCCUUCCCCCACGGGCGAAAUCCCAGCAGCGGGGUUGGCUGUUAAGUGCACAAUGAGUAGUGAAGAGGAAACAUGGGAGAAGUUGGAUGCGGAAUUUGAUCACUAUGUUGUAGAUAUGAAGCCGUUUGUGCUAAAAUUACCACAUAAAUCAGAACGUCAGAGAUGUGCACUCUGGAUUAAAAAACUCUGUGAGCCCUCAGGAGCAGGUGCAGGAAUUAUGGGUAGAAAGAAUCGGAACUUGUAUGCAAAAUUGUUGCUGCAUAUGCUGAAACGAGGAGUUCUAGAAGGCCCUUUUACACAUAAACCUGAACCCGGAAUACUGAAAACCUUGCCUUCAUAUAUGUCAAUCUAUUUUGAUGAACCAAAUUCAACGAGAGCACAGAGUGGGAGCCCAGAAGCUUUACCUGACUGGGUCAUGGGAGAACUAGGAACAAGUGAAUCGAAACUGGAGGAAUCGUGGAAAUUCUCUUCUAGAGAGGAGUCAGCUUUGGUAGCAUCACCACUUGCCCAUAGGGAAAGAUACAAGUAUAAUGGGAAGCUAGCAUUAAGGUCACAUUCUGUGAGUCCACCUCACCGGUCAGAUGAGGACAACCAUGCUGUGCAGACACCUGAAGUUCAACACAAAAAAACCAUUUCUUUGGAUGACAGUGAUCUUGAAGCUCGUCUCAAUAGUUGGAAUCUUGGGCUAGAAAAUCCAAGAUAUUUGCGAGAGAAGCCCAUACCUCUGUCUCUGAUGACACCCAAAAUAGGCUUGGGAAAAAUUAGCACUUUUCGUGAUGAACAGUCCCUGUUUCGCAUGCAUGAAAAAGAGCUGGAGAUGAAAACAAAAAUAAUGGAAGCUAAAUUUCAUGAAGAAAAGCUUAAAUUACAGCAGAAGCAUGAUGCUGAUGUUCAGAAGAUUUUGGAUAGAAAGAAUAAUGAAACUGAGGUAUUGAAGACCCUCUACAAAACUAAACAGAAUGAAGCUGAGGAGACUAUUAGGAAGCUAGAGAAGAAAGUUCAGACCCUUGUUCGUGAGUCACAAGUUGUCCGAGAGACUAAGGAAAAGCAGAUUAUGGAGUUAAAGAAGUUGUGUGAGCAAAGCACAGAUUCUUUGAACAAUGACUGGGAGAAAAGGCUCCACAACGCUGUGGCAGAAAUGGAAAAGGAAAAAUUUGAUCUUCAGAAGAAACACACAGAAAAUAUCCAAGAACUGCUUGAGGACACAAAUGCACGUCUUAGUAAAAUGGAGACAGAGUACUUGGCACAGACAAAAGCAACUAACCAGAUGGUCAAAGAACUGGAGGCCCGUGUCCAGCAGCUGACUGUAGAGGCUGAAAAUAGUAAUUUACAGCGUCAGAAAUUAUCUCAAGAAAAGACUGAUCUAGAGCAAUGCUACCAAGCAGUAUGCACUGAACUGCAAGAGAUGAAAUCAAGAUGUAACUCCUUUCAGAAAGAGAAGGAUCGCAUUAUACAAGAUUAUGAACAGAAUAUUCAACAACAACAAAACAAAUAUGAUAUUGACAUAAGUUUUAUGAAACAGGAACAUGCUCUCUCUGCAGCUAAGGCAUCUGAUGUGAUUGAAGAAUUAGAACAGAGGGUGUCUGAAUUAAAACAACAGUUACAAGAAUCAGAACAUCAAAGGCAGCAACAGCUGAGGGAUCAAGAACACAAAUUUCAACAGGAAAAACUUCAUUUAGAGCGGAUUCAUGAAAAAAAGAUUCAUGGCUUCCAAAAUGACCUUGAUAAAGAGAGAGAGGAUGCUCAAAAGAAAAUUCGCAAACUGGAAGAGGCUUUGAAGGAGAAGGAGGAGCAGCUGACUCGGGUGACAGAGGUACAGAAGCUGCAGGCCCAGCAGGCAGAUGCUGCCCUGGAGGAGUUUAAGCGGCAGGUGGAGUUGAACUCAGAAAAAGUCUAUGCUGAAAUGAAACAGCAGAUGGAAAAGGUGGAAUCAGAUCUAAGCAGAUC